AUGUCCUUAAUUCUCGAAGUUUGCGUCGACUCUAUCGAGUCUGCUUUGGCAGCCGUUGAGGCUGGAGCAGAUCGUCUUGAAUUAUGCGGCAAUCUAGGUCUUGGAGGAGGAACCACCCCCAGCCUUGGGCUUUUGAAAGCUGUUCGAAAGGUGGCACCUACAAUUCCGAUCAUGAUUAUGAUUAGACCUCGGACGGGUGACUUUGUAUAUACUGAGGCUGAAUUCGAAGUGAUGAUCGAAGAUAUACGCUAUUUUAGAGAGAAUGGCGUCCAAGGCAUCGUGUUCGGCGUUCUCACUCCCGAAGGAGAUGUGGACAUCACCCGUACUCAGCGUCUUGUCUUGGAAGCUUUGCCUUUGCAAGUCUGCUUCCAUAGAGCAUUUGAUAUGACUCGUGAUGCGAGGAAUGCAUGGCACCAGUUGUCUAAAAUUGAUGGACUAACCCGGAAUCCUGACGAGGCAAGCGUCACAUUCAGGGGCAUUGCCGUCACCUCGGCCAAUUCUCUCGAUGUCUUGAAGGAUCUACUUGACCUUACGAAUAACCAGGAGACACGCAUCGAAAUCCUUCCGGGAUCUGGCAUUAAUUCAUCUACUGUCGGUCCUUUAUGCCAGGCAUUGCUGCCCCAUGGCCUGCGUGAAGUGCAUAUGAGCGGUGGACAUUGGAUCGAUGGAGCUUCCAUUUGGCGACGAGAUGGAAUGGGAAUGGGCAUCGGUGGAGUCGGUGAAUGGGGAAUUUGGAGGACAAACGCGAGCGCAGUCCGUGCAGUCAAAGACGUCAUCAAUUCCUUUAGCCACUCGGAAGCAUGA